AUGAGCUCAGAGUCACAAACGCGCGUUGUGCCAUCAAGCAGACGGAGAGACAAGGCCAUCGUUUCCUGUACGCUCUGUCGACGUCGAAAGUUGAAGUGCGAUAGGCAGCAGCCCUGUAAAACAUGCGUUGACAGAGGUCUAACGUUGUCAUGCACUUAUGUUCGCAACACUUCAGCUGCCCAAGAGCCGAAGGCUCCUCACAGUGUGCACGAUCGCAUCGACCAACUAGAAAAGCUAGUGACCACACUCAUGAGCGGCAAAGUAGUCGACCACGGCAGUUACGCUACGCCAGUAAUACCACACCUACAGCACCUGAGCGAGGAGAACAGUGCAGAGAUACCAACUACACCAGACCGCGUACGUUUCAAUGGCGAUACAACAAGCUAUACAAACAGCGCACAUUGGACCAGCAUUCUGGACGGGAUCUCGGAGCUUCGAGAACAUCUAGACGAUAUUCCCACGACGGCACAUUCACGAGUCGACACCUCUGCUGAUAUACCAGGGCCUGAUCUUCUGUUCGGUCGCCAAAGACAUGCAUCCAAGCAGGAGUUGCUCGCUGCUCUUCCUCCACGCAGUGAGGCAGAUCAGCUGAUUUCCACUUAUUUCGCGUCAAUGGACACAUCGUCAAACUUGGUACACAAAACCUCUUUUUUGCGAGAAUAUGCCAAUUUUUGGAAUCAACCAUUCGAGACACCUGCUAUGUGGCUGGGGUUUCUGUUCGCUAUCCUCGCCCUGGGUGCACAGUUUCAGGCCGGCCUUGGAAGCCAUGAAGCGGCUCUUCAGGGUGCUGCUACGCCUUCGCUGUUCACUGCUCGCAUAGACUUUUACCGUGAAAAGCUCGUACAGUGUCUUGUCCUAGCGAACUACGCAAAAUGCCCACCAUACACGGUCGAGGUCCUCAUCAUGUACUUUGGCACCGAGUAUCUACGCUCGGCAGACUCACGGUUUAGCAUGUCGAUUCUUGUUGGAAUCAUCGUAAGAAUCGCCUUUCGAAUGGGCUAUCACAGAGAACCGUCCAGGUUUUCAGAUAUCUCGCCAUUUAGAGCAGAGAUGCGUCGCAGGACUUGGCUUAUGGUCAUCUCACUCGAUCUCGCCCAGUCGUCCCAGAUUGGCUUGCCUCGGCUUAUACAGCCGUUCAUGUGCGAUACCCAAGAGCCCCGAAAUUUGUUGGAAGAAGACAUCCAUGAAAACAUUACUGAGCUACCUCCAUCACGACCGGAGGUUGAACUGACGCCUUCUUUGUACACCGUGGUUCUGACGCGCGUACGGCUUGCACAUGCAAAGGUAAUGGAUCUGAUGAACGCUACGUCUCAACCUCCAUAUCGAGAAGUCAUGGAGCUGGACUCGAUGUUUCGAGAAGUAUACACUAAGCUACCAGAGUGCGCCAAACCGAUACCGGGCGAAGACUUCGACAGCACGCUCUCGCCAGCUUCGAUGCGACGUUUUUACCUUGGUUUGUCGUUCCUCAAGGCCGAGAUGAUGCUACACAGACCAUACCUUUUACUCGGACGUACUGAUUCGAAUUACGAAUACUCCCGAAGAGUCUGUUUGAAUGCAGCAACCGAGAUGUUGGGGUUCCAAAGAAAAGUUGAUGGUGAGAUACGGCCUGGCGGAAAACUAUGGUCUCCGGGAAUGCAGAGCUUUACCGUGAGCUGGUACAUGUCCUCUAUCGUUGCACACGAUUUCCUUCUCGCCACAACUGUCUUGGUUCUUGACUUGGACAAAGACCUGACAUCGCCAAUGCAACCAUUGUCUGCGACUCCAACAAGUGGACUUAAGCUCGAUCACGGACCACCGACAAGAUCGGAGAUCAUAGAAGCGCUACAAAAUGCCUAUACGAUAUGGUCAAAGGCAAGCAAAAGGUCGCACGAGGCGAGGAAGGUUGCUGCAGCAGUAAAACUGGUGCUCAAUAGAGCAAACUCAAGCGCGCCUGUCGCCUGGAGAAACGUAGCUCAGGAUCAUGUAGGCACAGCGUCACCAGCAUCGUCAUUUAACUUCAACGACUUUGCAACCGAGAAAUCUCCAGAUUAUCAGUUUAUGAGCAAUGGCGGCUAUGCGAAUCCAUUCCUCAUGCCUGAUGUACCCCUGGAUUUGGACGCGGUUACGCAUACCUUCGGCUGGGGCGGGUUUCCAACAGAUAUUCAACCAAAUCUACAACGACCGCCGUACUGA